AUGCGGAGACCAUUCUUUCUCUUCAUUCUAUUCAAUCUUUCCCUCCCGGCUGCAGUUUCUGGUGAAUUUCUGGAAAGGUCCGAUGCUUAUGGAAGAAUCUGGGAGAGCAGGACACCUCCUGACGGAAUGAAACAAGACGUGUCUCAUAAUCACCUCGUUUUUGUUUUUCUGGCAUUUCUUGUCCUUAGAAAAAAGUCGAGAACACGAUUUUCCGAAUUUGUUUUUCCGAACAAGCCUGAUGCCUACCCAAACCGAAAAGGCCAAAAAAUGAUUUAG